CCCAGCCUCAUAUCCACAUAUAUUCCUUUAGUAUUUAUGAUCUAGCAUUCAAACCAGAUGGGACUCAAUUGAUAAUUGCUGCUGGAAAUAGACUGCUGGUGUAUGAUACUUCUGAUGGAACCUUAAUUCAGCCUUUGAAAGGACAUAAGGACACUGUAUACUGUGUGGCUUAUGCUAAAGAUGGCAAACGUUUUGCAUCGGGCUCGGCUGAUAAAAGUGUGAUAAUUUGGACUUCAAAGUUAGAAGGAAUUCUGAAAUACACGCAUAAUGACUCUAUACAGUGUGUUUCAUACAAUCCUCUUACUCAUCAGUUGGCAUCCUGCUCUUCCAGUGAUUUUG